AGUUUUAGACUCUGGCCAACUUGUCUGUCCAAUGGCGUCAAAGUUCCUAACCUCAAACCGCCCAUUUUCUUGAAACGUUGAUAAUCUCAUCGAGGAAGGGCGUGUUGAAAUACCAUAAUGGGUCGUCGGCCAGCGAGAUGUUAUCGGUACUGUAAGAACAAGCCGUACCCAAAAUCACGGUUUUGCCGUGGUGUGCCAGACCCUAAAAUCAGGAUCUUCGACUUGGGAAAGAAAAAGGCCUUUGUUGAUGAAUUUCCUCUCUGUGUACAUUUAGUAUCUUUUGAACAUGAGCAGCUUUCAUCAGAAGCUUUAGAAGCAGCUCGUAUCUGCUGCAACAAAUACCUGGUCAAGAACUGCGGUAAAGAUCAGUUCCACAUCCGAGUCCGAUUGCAUCCUUUCCAUGUUAUCAGAAUCAAUAAAAUGUUAUCGUGUGCUGGAGCUGAUAGGCUCCAAACUGGAAUGAGAGGUGCUUUUGGUAAGCCCCAAGGAACCGUUGCCCGUGUUCGCAUCGGACAAGUCAUCAUGAGUGUCCGUUCGAUCGACCGGUACAAGCCACAGUUAGUUGAAGCUCUGCGUCGAUCCAAGUACAAGUUCCCUGGUCGUCAGAAGGUCUACAUCAGUAAGAAGCAUGGAUUCACCAAGUACGAUCGCCCAGAGUAUGACGAGCUAAAAACCAACAACAAGCUGGAACCAGAUGGCGUGACAGUCAAAUUCCGCCGUGAUCAUGGACCGCUAGCCAAGUGGAAGAAACUCCAAACUGAGCUCCACAACAUCGCUAAUUCUUAAGUUGUUUGACUGUGUUUUAUUUUUUAUAUUUCAAUAAAAUGUGGACAAAAGUUC